AUAAGUUCCUUCUCCCCCUUUUCCCUUCGUAUUCUGCUGCAACUUUCUUGCCUUCUUCCUUCUUCUCGUAUAUAAAUCAACCCCUCGAUUAAUUUCAGGUCACUGGUCAGCCUUCUUCCUUAAACCCAUUACCUGCACUCUGCUCAGAGCACAGUCGAGCUUCGCAUUCGAGGCAUCAGCUGUGUCUAUCAUUCGAGGCAUCAGCUCAGUGCUCACCAUCUGCAGUCUGGUGAACAGAGUCUCCCUCAGUCCCUCUCCAGAUUACAGAUGGAUGGUGCUACUGAAAAUUGUGCUUUGAAUGCGAAUGAUCCUACUGUGCCUUCUAAUCAAAACGGUAAUGGUAAUGGUAAUGGUAAUGGUAAUGGUAAUGGCAAUGUUAAUGGUAAUGGUUCUGGGAAUGAUGCUAAUGGUUCUGGGAAUGAUGGUAAUGGUUCUGGGAAUGAUGCUAAUGGUUCUGGGAAUGAAAAUGUUGAAAUAAUUCUGGCUGAAGAUCGUAAAUUGACUUCUGAUGUCUGGCCACAUUUUGUGAGGGUCAAGUUUAAUGGGGAGAUUAAAGCCAAGUGUAAAUACUGUCGAAAACGUUUAGGUGGUGAUACUAGUAAUGGAACCUCCCACUUGAGGAACCAUUACAAAACUUGCACCCAAAGAAAGAUACAUGAUGGUAGGCAGAGAGUUCUUGGUCCUGAUUAUAAACCAACUGGAAAACCCCUCCUAUCUGCUACUCAAUUCAAUUCUGAUGUGUCUAGGAAGGAAUUGUGCUCUAUGAUUAUG